AUGGACGAGUCGUCUGGCCGUGGGCAUCGGGAGAAGAAGCCCAGUGAAAAAGUCAAGGAACAAGUGUCAGGCAAGAUUGAAAAGAUUGAGGACGAUAAAUCAGUUGUUCUACCAACAUAUAUUGCGCCCAACGAUAGCAAAUUCUUGCAGGAACAGAAGGAAGUCCCCAAAAUCUAUGAUCAUACCAAGAUCUCAUCUGACGGGUCAAAAAUUGACUUUUAUUCACUUGGUCAACAUGUCGAAAGCAAAGAGAAGCGAUACUAUGUGCGGGCGAAAAGAGACCCUCAAUCAUUCUACUUCCACGCUGACGAAGCUCCUCCUCGGUAUGCUCGACUCAGCGACGAAAACCAUCCGCAAUGUGGGGUUGAGAAUCUGAAGAACACUUUCACAAAAGACAUGUUGGGCAAGAGUGGAGAGUUUGGCAGCUACACUACAAGGGCGAACGUCUCUGCAAGGGAAGGCAAAUUCUUCUUCGAAGCAAAAGUCAUCAGUCAGGCUCCUCCAGGCAGAGAAGCGCCAGAUCGUGCACUUGCAGAUACCCAAAACUCAGACAGAACAGCAACGAACCGGGGCGGGCUACGGGUAGGAUUCUGCCGGCGAGAACAUCACUGGAGCGAGAAUCUUGGUGGCAAUGCUUAUAGUUACGCUGCCAUCUUGCGGAGUGGAAGGGCUCGAGAAUACGGCGGCGUACGCUUCAACACCAUGAUGUAUCACAUGCAAGGCGAGGGGGCCAAGGACCCCGAGGAUCUGAGUCCAGGGGAUGUCGUAGGACUCAUGAUCACAUUGCCACCAUUGGAAGUGCACAAGAAGGUCGUCGAAGGCACUUUUAAUCCCGCCGAAUAUCCCCACCUCAAAUGCGGACCUGCGAUUCUGAAAAAGCGAGCUGGAGCCGGAAAGAAAAUCACAAAGAGUGGACCAAAGCCCAAGGAUGGAGAAUCUCUCAAGGGCAGAGAAGACACAGCCAGGAAAUCGAAUAUUCGGACAGCAAUCCGAAGCACAAUCCAUCCACCACAAGGCUGCCCUGCACCUUCCGACCACGAUGUUAUUCGUGAUCGCAACCCAUUCUUGCACAAAGGAAUGACCUAUUUUGAAUGUCCCGAGUACACGCCCAAUCAUGAUCUCAGUCGGCCGACGCUGAAUUCCAAGAACAAGUCUCUCAAUCCCGAAACAGGCAAGAAAUACGAUCUACUGACAGAUCCCCAUCCGAAUCACGAGCUUCCCCAUCUUCGUACGCUUCCAGGCAGCAAGAUUGAGCUUUGGGUUAAUGGGAAAUAUCACGGAAUUGUGUGGGAGCAUCUAUUUGCAUUCCUUCCUCCAGCUUCGUACAUGGACAAAGGAAGUCGAGCUGUCUCUGGUAUUGGAGACGUUGAUGAUGGUGGACUGGGGUACUAUCCAGCAGUCAGCCACUAUACGGGUGGCGCAAUAGAAUGCAAAUUUGAUGGACCGUGGUGGUACGGGUACGAUCAAGACGGCCCUCAACAUCUGACAGCUCGGCCCAUCGGAGAACGAUAUCAGGAACAGAUCGUGGAGGAUGUGGUUAAUGACUUGAUUGAUGAGAUAUACCAGGAACGACUGUAUCACGACGCAGAUUGGAUGAAGAAAAGAGUACUCAACGCAGCAGCGACGGUCAAUUCUCAACACAACUGA